GGAGAGAAGAGCGGAGUUGCUGGCAAAGUGGAGAUCUAAAGGUGGUGUUUUCUUGAUUGGCUAUACCGCUUUUCGAAAUUUGUCUCUCGGAAAGUAUAUGAAGGAUCGUCACAUGGCUAGGGAUAUUUGUCAUGCCCUUCAGGAUGGGCCUGAUAUCCUUGUUUGUGAUGAGGCCCAUAUGAUCAAGAACACCAGGGCUGAUACAACCCAGGCCUUGAAACAAGUGAAAUGUCAGAGAAGGAUUGCAUUAACUGGAUCACCACUUCAGAACAAUCUCAUGGAAUAUUACUGUAUGGUUGAUUUUGUAAGAGAAGGAUUUCUUGGCAGCAGCCAUGAUUUCCAAAAUCCUAUAGAAAAUGGUCAACACACCAAUUCUACGACUGAUGAUGUGAAGAUUAUGAACCAAAGAUCACAUAUACUUUAUGAACAGUUAAAAGGAUUCGUGCAGAGAAUGGACAUGACUGUGGUGAAGAAGGAUCUGCCUCCCAAAACAGUUUUCGUAAUAGCUGUGAAGCUAUCUCCAUUACAGAGGAAAUUAUACAAAAAGUUUCUUGAUGUCCAUGGAUUCACCAACAAACGAGAUUCCAGUGAAAAGACACAAAAAAGAUCUUUUUUUGCUGGGUACCAGGCCUUAGCACAGAUAUGUAACCAUCCUGGAAUUUUGGAACUGAUGAAAGAAGAUAGAGGCUAUAUGAAACAUGAAGAUGCUGUUGAGAAUUUUCUUGCUGAAGACAGCUGUAGUGAUGAUAACAUUGAUUAUAAUGAGAUCGCUGGAGAGAAGCUGAGGAACAAGAAUGAAGUUCCACUCAGGAAAACUGAUAAUGGCUUUUUUCAUGAGGAUUGGUGGAAUGAUCUUCUACAGGGAAAAAACUGUAAGGAAGUUGAUUACAGUGGCAAAAUGGUUUUGCUGCUUGAUAUCCUGACCAUGUGCUCUGAUGUUGGUGACAAGGCGCUUGUCUUUAGCCAGA